AUGGGACAACAUGCUUCUGGGUCGUCGUUAUCGAUAACGGAAAAGAAGCCUAAUUUUUUAGUGGCUGGAACGAAUUCGGAAUAUCAAUUCGGAAUUGGAGCAUCAAAAUUUACUGCUCUCCAAGAGGCUACCUUGUUUGCCAAUGAAAAUAUUGUCAAGGUUGCAUGUGGACCAAAUUUUACCUUUGUUUUAACCGAUGAAAAUGUGUUAUAUGGAACAGGUUCUAAUAUUUAUGGAGUUUUAGGAUUGGGUCCUCAACAUCAUGAAAAUCAAACAGGUUUUAUUCGAAUUCCAAUAUCGUUUCAUAUUCAAAAUAUUUAUUGUUGUCGAUCGAUGGCUGUCAUUGUGUCAGAUGGUUACUCUGUCGUGAACAGUAGUUCAUCAUCUUCUGAGGAUAUUGCCGGUGGAAAUGCUUCUUCCAUGACUGUGAAUAACGAAAGAUUCACUGCACAGCCACCACGGCAAAUGUUUUAUUGGAGUGGAGGAGAAUUGUCAGUAUCAGGCUCACCAAUUGUGAAUCAAUUUUCACCCAUUGUGGAUUGGAAUUUAACCAUUAAGGAACAAGUGAAAUUUAUGGAUGCUCAUCCAACUUCAACAUUUUUCAUUAUUGUGACAGAAUCGAACAAAAUUUAUUUUUCUGGAGUGAAUGGAAGCGGUCAAUUUGGAAAUGGAGAAGAACGACGGUCAUUUAAAUCACUCUAUUUUCUUCCGCCUGCAUUAUUUCCUUCCUACAAUGGAGUACGAAUGGUGGCAUGUGGCGCAAAUCACACGGUCAUUGUAACAGAUAAUCACGAACUGUAUACUAGUGGAAAUAACAAAUUUUAUCAAUUAGGUCACUCGAAUGCAACUUCAACCAAUACUUUUCAGAAACCAAAUGUAAAUUUUCAAGGACAAUCGAUUCGAAUGGUAAAAUGUGGAGAGAAUUUUACAAUUGUAUAUUUAGAAAAUGGAGAUUUAUAUGCUUGUGGAAACAAUUCUUAUGGUCAACUCAUGAAUGGUAAAUUUCACGAGAAAAUCACCUUUCACAAAGUACUCUCACAUAAGAACAUUGUCUCUCUGAAUUGUGGCGAUAAUUUCACAGUAUUUAUUUCUUCAGAUUUCAAAAUUCACAGAGCAGGAUGUAACUCUCAUGGUGAAUUAUUCACAGAAGGAUCCUCACAAUCAUUCUCUUCCAAAAUCAUUUCAAGUUCAGUCAAUAGAUCAUACAAAUUAUUUGGAAUUUCUUGUUCGAAAGGUUAUGUCAUCUUGUAUCGGCAAUAUGGAAAUUAUUUUGGAGAAGUAUUGUUUCAUCCCAAAUGGAAAUAUUACUCAUUUGUGGUGAGAGCACCGAGAAGAGCGAAACCAUUGGUCUCUCCUCCACGUCAGCAACGACAUGACAACAAACCAUCGAAUGCAGCAGUCGUGUCAGCACCACCACCACCACUACUCGUAUUUAUUCCUUCCAAUCAAGAAAACUUUCAUCGAUAUCUCAUGUAUCGAUCGAUUCAUGAUCAUUUUCAUUUAAUGAAACAAGAAAUUAUUCCGUUCCUGAAAAAUAGUGAACAAGAAGAAGAAAAUAUUGGCAAGAAACUAUUUUCUGACAUUUCCAUCCUGUUGUUUCAACCCAUACAGCAAGAUUCAUCGAUGAAUGAUUAA